AACGCGUCUAAUCCCAGGAAGAACCGCUCCAGCUGCUCUGCGAACAAGACAGACCUCCUUUCGACGACAUCAAAGCUUCAUAACUGUCCAAGAAAGCCUGUCGCCUCCCAUGCUCGCCAUCCACCCCUCCAACCCGCGGAAAUGCACCCCCAACCUCCUCCCCGCCCGCCUCAACCACAACGGCCCCAUAAAUGACACAGACCGAUACUGGAAAUCUAGGAAAGACGGGAACGGAAACGCACACGCUUACUUCCGCGGCCGCCACCUGCACGGCACCACGCUGCCCCUCCCCUCAAGCUACGCUGGCGCCGUACUGCACGUAACGGGCAAAGAUCUCCCUCCAUCGCAAUCGCAGAGCCAGACGGGCAAUGAUCGGAUGGGUGAGGAUGAGGAAGAGGAGAAGACCGACGUCAAAUUGGCAGAGAAAGUGGGCGAGUUUGACGAGGUUGUGGUUUGGGGACAUGGUGGCGAGGUGGAGGGUGGACAGGAUAUGUUUGUAAGGGGACUGAAGGAGUGGGUGGGGUUUGCGGAGGCUAUGCAUGCGGGGGAGGAGGAAGAGGAAGAGAAGGAGACGUGAAUAAGCAUUGCCGGUGGGAUAGAUGAAGACGGUGCACGUAAUUGGGGAAGCGCAUAAAGACACAUGAUGCCUACACGAAACACUGAGAGAUCACGUGUCGAAGAGGGAGGGCUCAGGGCGAAAAGGAUGAGCCAGAAACAGUAGUCGAUUAUACGGACCACGCCUUCUCCGCUCGGAGCGGUGACGUUAUUAGCACGUAACUCCUAAGUGUAGAGCUCUAGUUAUAGCAUCUAUACUAUAUUA